AACACCAUAGCCAAAUUGACACCGAACGGUGAGGUAGGCUCUUUUUCUGUUUUCAGUACUUAUUUAUCCUGAAAAUUACGCGAUUUUCGUGACGAUUCGUUGCAGAUUACACCUCUUUGAUGCCUAUAAUUUAUUAAGGGCAGCGUAUAGCGGAGGGCUGUAUCGGCGCAGUGAUAACAACAGCGAUGGUAAUGGAGGCGUCCCCGUCCCCGCAGAGCGUCGGCCGCGAGUUUGUCCGCCAGUACUACACACUGCUCAAUAAGGCGCCGGCACAUCUGCAUAGAUUCUACAAUAACUACUCGUCGUUCGUGCACGGCGGCUUGGACGCGCCCAACCGCGAGACGCUGCCCGUCGUCGGCCAGAAGCAGAUCCACAACCGCAUUCAGCAGCUCAACUUCCGCGACUGCCAUGCCAAGAUCAGCCAGGUGGACGCGCAGGCCACGCUGGGCAACGGAGUGGUGGUGCAGGUGACGGGCGAGCUGUCCAACGGCGGCGCGCCCAUGCGGCGCUUCACGCAGACCUUCGUGCUGGCCGCGCAGUCGCCCAAGAAGUACUACGUGCACAACGACAUCUUCCGCUACCAGGACAUAGUGUUCUCCGACGAGGAGGGCGAGGGCUCCGGCCGGUCGGAGGGCGAGGAGGAGGAGGGCGUGGCGACGGGCGGCUACUUCCCCCCCGCGCCCGCGUUCCCGCCCGCGCCCUUCCCCGCGCCGCCCGCGCCGCCGCACGCGCCGCUGCUGUCGCCGCCCGCGCCCGCGCCCGCCGCGCCGCACCUCAACGGGCACCCGCCGCAGCUCGACGACCCCACGCGCCAUCUCGUCGCCGCUCUGCAGGCGAACGCCAUAUCGGGCGGCGCGCCGUCGGCGACGCCCGCGGCUGUCACUGCGCCGGCGCCGGAGCGUGAGUCGGAGGCGGCCCCCGAGCCUGCGCCGCAACCCGAGCCCGAGCGGGAGCCUUCGCCGCCGCCGCAACCUUCGACGCCGAAGACGUACGCCAACCUGCUGAAGUCGGGCGCGUCGCGCGGCUCGCCGCCCGCGCCCCCCGCGCCGCCCGCGCCGCCCGCGCCCGCCGCGCCGCACGAGCCGCGCCCGCGCCCGCCGCGCGUGGCUCCGCCGCAGCCCGCAGGCAACCCGCCAGAGAGCGGCCGGCGGUACUCCGACGCCCAGCAGCUGUUCCUGGGCAACCUGCCGCACUCGGCCACGGAGGAGGAGCUGCGGGCGCUGUUCGCGCGCUUCGGGCCCGUGGCCGAGCUGCGCGUGCACAGCAAGCCGGCCGCGCCCGGCGCGCCGCGACACCCCAACUACGGGUUCAUCACCUACGAGAGCGCGCAGGCCGCCGCCGACUGCCUCAACGCCGCCCCGCUGUUCUUCCCGGCGGAGGGCGAGGGCGCCGGCGUCAAGCUCAACGUGGAGGAGAAGAAGACGCGCGCGCGCGAGGCGCCGCGCCGCCGCCCGCUGUCGUCGCACCGCGCCGCCUUCCAGCCGCGCCAGCCCUACCGCCGCUAGAGUGGCGCCGUCUCGUGCAUGGCGCCGGCGGCUCGUCGUGUGACAAACCUCUACAAGUCUUAGAUGUAACUUCGCGUCUACUAAAUUCCAGUCGAGCACGAGUCGACUAACACGCUUCGCAUAUCGCUUCCUUUCGUUAAGUAGUUAGAUAGUAAAUUAAUUUCGUGAUCGAGGCCCUCUCGACAGCCGGCCCGUCCGCGCCCGGCGGGACUCGUUGUGAUAAAUCUAGAAUGAUCUUUUACUUCAUAUAUUGUUUCAAUUAUUAUUAUAUUUUAGUAGCGUUCAAUUAAAUUUCCCGAUCGAUCGCUCGGUCACACGCAAUAAUAGACACAUAAUCCCCCAACCCCCCCAACCCCCGGACCGCCGUCCUGCCCGCAGCGCCGAGACACGCCGAGCGCAGUCUCCACUCAACGACAAAUUAUUAUAUGUUUGUAAUUAUUAAAAUAAGUUUAUGGUUAAGCAGUUACAUUUUUGUUAAUAAUAACGAAUAUUCUGUAAACUUGUAUCUCGCGUGUUGAUAAUUAUUUAUACAGAUCGUAAAGUAGGAGCUACAUCUGCGGUGUAGCGUUCGCUUUACUGCAGCGAGCCCGUGCGUACGCGACGUACGUGCGGUUCUCGCACGGAGGCGAAGCCGUGGCGACGCGACUGCGAUCGGUAUAUACUGUUAUAUAUCGACUCGAACUGAUACUAUUAGGGUUCAUUCCAAGUCAAAACAGAGUAGUAACACGUUGGGUUGCGUCAUAAGUACGUUACUGAGAUAUUCGAUGGCGUACUCGCGUAAGCGAGAAAUACGGGUGCUUUCUUAUAUUAAGACCACCUAGGUCAAUACGAAUUAAUAAGUGUUCAACAAUGUUCGACGAGGAAAAAAUUGUUUCGUUUAAUAGUCUCAAACCGGCGUAGAGUACGUAGUUCCAAAGACGAGACGUCGAAACGGCUUCGCCUUCAAUCUCGUUCGUACGAAACGUUUCGAGACAGCGGAGUAUGCUCACAGGGUAAUGACUUUUUAAAUGUCUCGUUAACGAUUAGAGGUACUGAAUAUUACACUGUGAGGAUAUCCGCCGACUCGAACGGUCAAUGCAACUUGCCACCGAGCACUUGAAUGUUGUGAUGUCAAUUUGAAAUCGUGACUCGCGAGCGCCGUAAGGUGCGCGGAGCGCGGUUUCACACGGCGAAUGCGCCCAGAGCGCCCAGUGCGCACAGAACGCCCAGUGCGCCCAGUGCGCCCAGUGCGCACAGAGCGCCCAGUGCCAGCGCGUCAUUUCCGCCGGCGUAGGUCGCCUCGAAGUCGACGGCGAUUCUAUUUUUUCUGAUCAUGGAAUUUUUGUGAUUAUUCAACUUUUUGUAUAUUUUAAUUGUAUACUAGGUUAUUAUCGGCUCGCCAUACUUUAGGAUUUACUGUUGUGUCACGGGUUGGCAACGUAUUUUAAUCGGCACGUCGGGUCGCCCGACGGCCCUCGGAUCCGUCUAUCCCGCAACGUUGGAAGCAAUACCGAGCAGCUGUAUGUGCUGCGGACUCGGGGACGUCGUCGGUCCCGAGUCGAACAUGUGAAAUGGUUUCAUUUUUCCAUUAUUUAUGUACACUUGUAAUUUUUCCACGUAACAAAAUACAUUAACAACAUCGACUAUGACCAAAAUUACAUAAUAAUGCAAAAACAA